AAUGUAGGUUUAUAAAAAGAGCGAGCUGGCGAAUGGGAACAGUCUGCAGAAGAAGUCGACAGAGAAAAGCUUCACUAAGGUAAAACUCGAAAAAGCUGAAAAAUGAAGUUGAUAUUUGCUGUCGUUAUGGGAGCAAUGCUCCACGUUGCACUUAGUGCUGCAAUAGAGGAAGUGGAAAAGGAGUUCGAUCUCAUAGAGAAAGAUCUCGCCUCAAGCAAUAUAGAAAAGGAAAUUUUAGAUUGGGCAGUUCCGGAAUCUGUCGCUAAAGAAGAGAAAGCAAUGAAAUUAAAUUCGCCUAUCGAAGUCAAAGAUGCAAGCAACCAAAAUAAGGACAAUUCUGUCGAGUCUCAACUGGAAGAUCUUGUAAAAAACACCGACGCUAAAGAUAAGAAAAAGGACAGCUCCGCCAAGUCAGACCUUCACAAGAUGUUGUCAAAUUUUGAGAAUACAGGCAACAUUGAUAAAGAUCAACUCAUGAAUGCCAUCGAAAAAUACAUGAAAAAGGAUGAUGUUGCGGCUGAUCUUCCGUCAGAAGACAAUGGGGAAUGCAAAGAUAACCGAAAAAAUUGCAAGUAUCUAGCACGACUUGGAUAUUGUGGAACACAUAAGAAAACGAUGCAAAGUAACUGCGCCAAAACCUGCCAGUUUUGUGUUGACUGUAAAAAUGUCGCCGGAUCUAGAUGCGUUUCAUUUAGAAAAUAUGGUUACUGCGAGAGUGCCAAGUACAAAGCUAGGAUGAAAUAUUUGUGCUUCAAAGAGUGCGACUAUUGCAGGCCCCCAUCCGCUCCAAAAUGUGCCGAAUCAGCCUUUGGAUGCUGCUGGGACAAAGUAACUGUCAAGGCUGAGAAAACUGGAACAAGUUGUCCAAAAUGCGAAGACAAAUACCUUUACGUUUGUGAUAGAUUCAAAGAGGACUGCCAAAAGAUUAGCCGAGCUGGUACCUUCAUGAGGCGAAUGUGUCCCCAGACAUGUGGAAAAUGCGAUAACAAAUGCGAAGAUAUGGUUGAGUGGGCUGAGAAAUGCCCUUAUUAUUUAAAAUCCGGACAAUGCAAGUCGGAUCCUCACGGAAUGAAAUUACUUUGCAAAAAGACCUGUGGAUUUUGUACCAGGUGAACUGCUGGGAAUUGAACUGCAAGCAACAUUGUAGAAAACAGAACCUUAUUUGUAAUUUUAUGUUAAGAUAACAGAUUAUUCAAAACAUUGACCUUCGUGAUGCAUAAUAUGACAUUAGCUCCUCGUGAAAAAGAAAAGUGACAAUGAAAUUCAACGCUUGUGACGACAUCCUCGAUCAAACCGGACCCACUCCCUUUGGAAGUAAAGCCAGUGCUAAUGAAUCUCAAAUUGCAAAGAAUUCUCAAAAUAUUCACGUUUCCUUUUGCUUUUAGAUGACAGUGUAGUUUGUGUUUUAGCUGAAGGAACUACGCUUACUUUCUGGAUGUAAAAUGUAGUCUUCGUAAACUUUUGACAGUUUUUAAAGAAUUUUAUUUGUUUUAUGAUGAAAAUGUAGAAGUAUACUAUCAUUA